AUGGGCGUUUGGAAAUAAUUCCAUGGACUUUUCCUUAAUAUUUUCCUGAGUGGGGAAAACCAUCAAGGACUUAGCCAAGAGAAUAAUGUAUAUAUUGAAAUAUUAAUUUAUUUUCAUGUGAAGGAAAGCAGUAAACGUGCGAGAGGAGUUUUUAUGCAUUUCUAUAUUCCCCACCCUUUUUUCUCUUUUUGAGAGCACUAUUUUUCCUCAAGUAAAAUGGCUUCCAAAGUCAGGAGCUUGCUCCUUUUUCACUAUCAAGCUGAAUUUUUUAUUUUUUUUUGAUUAUUUUUUCCCCCCUCUAAGAUCGGUAUUUUCCAGUUCAAAAUAGCACCCAAGAUGAAGAGUUUUUUUCUCCUGUUUUCCGGCAAGCUGAAAAGAUUUCUUGGUGUUUUUAUUUUCCUCUGAAUCUACGGGAAACCAGCGGGGGGUGGGCUGAGUCCGCAGUGGCACAAUGUCUUCAGAGGAAGUCUCUAUCUGCUACAGGAGGAGAGGCAGAGAGCCAUCCUGCUGCUACUGCCACGUCAUCUGUCCCCACUGUUAGCUCUGAUCUGUUCAAUCGGCUCUCAUGCAGCCUCAGUUUGUACCUUCGCUUCCACUCAAGAUGUGUACGGAGUCAGUCGUUCCUUUGGCCCCCCCACAACCCUUCCCUGCCUACAACCACCAAUCCCCCCUCAACACCCCUACCACCCUGUCACACGCGCAGUGGGAACCCCAGGCACCACCAGCACCCAGACCCAUAGAGAGAGAAGAGCGAGAGCCUCAGUUUUACACCAGGCAAAAGUACAGAAGGAAAAUAAAGCCUGCCUACUACUACAGAGAGCGCGAGAGGGAGAGAGAAAGUGUGGGCGAAGCCUUCUGGAUCUGCUGGAGCGUUGCCUAAACUGCUGGAAGCUUGUGAUAGGUCUUAAUGUUUACUACCACCAGAGAGAUGGGCUCCUCCCUGUGUCUUAUCCAUUCUCAACUGUAAGUGACAACAACAGUGCUAAAACGUAGGAGAGCAGAGCACACAUAAAAUUAAAUGUAUUUUGUCAGACACACACACAGUUCAGGUGUUUUGUUAGUCUACACCACAUGCACUACAAACAAAGUAAAAUACCAGCUGUUCUCUAAGCCUCUGAGAUGCUUCAUUUAAUUCCAGACACAUUUUUUUGUAGAAAGUAAUCAGACACUAUUUUCAUCUCACUUCUCAGGGUUUUUCUAAUCUAAUGUAAAGCUGAUUAGAUGACCCUUGUUAAGGCUAUAUGAACUCUCCUCUGUUAAUAACCUUGUGAAAGCCUUAGUCCUUGAAGGUCAAAGGGAAAGGAAGUGUGACGUCGGUCCGUCCAUCCCCCACCCCCCCACACACUUCUCCUCCCGACUCUCUCCUGACCUGCUGUCUGACAACUCCCCAGCUCAUCUGUCUCCAUUCAUUCCUACAGGACAAUAGCAACGAACCCAAGGACUCUGCAUCCAAGGUUUGGACUCCUCCUAAACACUUCUCUAUUAUCAUUCACCUUGACUGUUAUCUUCUUCACUCUCUUUUUCCAAGUGCAAUGAGGAGGGGGUCUGUUAGGACUUUGAUGCUCUUUAGUAGUUCACACGUAUUGAAUGGGAAAAUGUACCAUUUUGCAGACUGCCCGAAUAAAUCCGACUUAAAUAAAAAGUCAUUGCUGAAUAGUAUAACUUGAGAUACCACCUUAGGUCAAGUUUCCUGUUUAAGUCCACUCUGUGUCAGGCAGCCAGACCUACACACUACGUUUUAAUGAGCUCAGUGGAGUCAUGGGAAAGAUUAAAGCCCUUGUCCAGUACAGCAGACUGUUGUGUGAAAAAGUGCUGAUUGUGCCACCGGGGGAAAGAGAAGGCGAAAGGGCAGAAUUUUAAGCAGGCGGCAUUUCUUCCUCUGUCUGUGAUCACUUUCUAAGGCUGUCCCUGAUGCCUGCCCGGGCGGAGACUCAUUAGCUAUGCGCGUGAUGUGCUGUGAAAACACUAUGAGAAGGAGAUGGGUAAUCCUCUAUUGAGCCCACAUUACAGACCUCGCUCUAUUUUUCUCUCUCGCUGACACAGACACACACAUUCACUCACCCGCCUCUGUUCCAUAUUGAUUUCUGAUAUUCGUUUAAAGCAAAACACUUGAAGUCUUUAUUAAACUCUAGGUUUUUUAGGCUGGUUUUAAGACCAAAGCCUGCCAUUCCUAUUCAGCACCAAAACCCCUAGAAGCCCUAGUCAAUAUUCAUUGGGUUCCUCUCAAAUCAGUAGCCAAUGCCAUAGCUCAGUUAUUCCUCUGUCUAGAUGCUCUCCCUGCAGACUGAGCUGGAGACGCUGUAGAUAGCUACGCCAGGUGAAUAAUUCAUACAGCAGGUACAAGGUUGGCUUGUUAAACUUUUAUUGAGUUAGACGGCAGCACAAGUAGCAGUGCUCUGCUGUCAGUGGCCAGUGCUAGUCUGUGAUAUUUUGAUCUACCGCCCGCAGUCCCCAUGGUCCAGUCUCCUAUCACCUACAGUGUACAUGGUUCGCUGUGUAGUUAUUGGGAUGAUAUCUAUGCUCUCUGGAUUGAGCUACAGUCACUGGUGACUCAGUUGUUGUCGAGGAUGGAAAUGUUUGGUAUUUGUUUGUGGUCUGAAUACUGAGGAUGGUGCACCUCUGACCACAUGGUUAGGGAUAGAGUUGAACUUUGUAGUAUCAAACUUCAGUGUCAAUCUUGAAAACGUUCCUGAUGUUCCAUUUUACUAGAUACUGUUUCUUCCACAUAACUUCUGCAGUGGUAAGAUGCACUGUGGAUCGGUGACUUACACUCAGUGACUGCUUUUGGACACACGAUCACUUGUUAGCUGAAUUAGGAUCCCAUGGUGUGCUUGCUGUGGCCCCAGAAUUCUCUGCUCUUGAAUCUCUUUUUCUUCCAAUUUGUUUUUAGUCCUGCUCUAUAUUUCUGUGUGUUUCUAUGUUGAAUGAAUGAAUUUAUCUCUGACUGUUUCCUAGUGAUUUUCCUCCAAGAACUAACUGUCAGAGCCACUUAGGGGGUUCAUUCAUAUGAUCAGCAGCACAUAGUAGUUUACAGGGUGUGCCCGGGUAUAUGGGGUUAUAUUGUCAGGUUAAUGGCUUGGUAAUAGGCACACGCUGAGAAGAACAGGCAGAUUUCAGCACACACAUUUCAAGGUAUCCUCCAGUAAGUGGACAGAAUGCCUUGAAACGUUAAAAAAAUAAUAUAUUUUGGUCUGUUUGUAUGCUCAUUCCUUACAGCACCACAUCAACUACAAUUCGGUCGCGCGGUCCAAGAGCAGCGAGAGGGAGACGGACAAGAAAGAGUCAGAGAAUGCCCGGGGCCGUUCCAAAGAGAAGAAGACCGAAGACAAAGACCGAAAGGACAGGAAGAGAGUGAGUAUUUUACAGGCCAUGUUGCAUUGAGAGCGCAAGAGAGAUAUGUUAAAGUCCCACACUGGGCUCCAUGGGGAAAGGAAUGUUCUAAUCUGAUUUUAUACCUGUUCCCGUAUCUAUCUUGAUUUACAUUUUCAUUUACAUUUUAGUCAUUUAGCAGACGCUCUUAUCCAGAGCGACUUACAGGAGCAAUUAGGGUUAAGUGCCUUGCUCAAGGGCACAUCGACAGAUUUUUCACCUAGUCGGCUCAGGGAUUAGAACCAGCGACCUUUCGGUUACUGGCACAACGCUCUUAACCACUAAGCUACCUGCCGCCCCGAUUUGAUAGCUAUAGGACUUAACAGCCAAAUACUUCAGAGGAAUUCUGACCUAUUAGUUUUGCAUAGAUUGUCAAGACUGGUGGGAUUGUUAUGAUUCAUUCUCCUUAAUUAUUUACCGUCUUUUUUUUAGGACCAUAUGACCACUGACCGUGAGAUGAGCCUAGAAUCCAAACGCAGAAAAGAUGAAAAUGGAACCAGUAAGCUAUCUCCGUGUACAUAAUAAGCAAACCUCUCUGCCUAAGAAUACAGAAUAAAACAUACUUUUCAAUAUGGAUAUGAUCAAUAUCCAUGGUUGGUUAUUCUUCUUCCUCUUCUCUCCCAGAUUCCUCCAACAAACACAGCAAGAGCGCCAGUCCCUCCUCAGACUCCCCGGUCUCGGCUGACAAAGAGAAGACCAAGAGGUCAAAGUCCUCCAGCAAGGAGAAGGGAGAGUCUGCUAAACCUGAGAGGAACUCCUCCGGGGGCAAGAAGGUAGGUAGUACUGCCCCGGUCCUGGACCCUAGCAGAACAAUCAAUCAAUUAAGACUCUAGGUUUCAGUAAAUGACAGAGAUUUUCAAAACUUUAGAAUGCUUCAACUUCCUGAGGGGGAAGUUGACUGACCCCCUCUGGACCUCUCCCCUACCCAACUUUAGGCCUACGUCAGCACCACUUUGUCAGAAAAUCCUAGGGAGAGCCCUGAUUGUACAUUUUAAGCAUAUUUCUAAUUUGGCUACUGAAGAGCAGCCAAGUACAAAGUACCCAUAACAGUCUAUAGCCUACCAUUCUUACUGAGGCAUUCUUCUGCCAUCAUUAUUAGGCAAAACAAUUAUUUGAGCGGUGUGUGUCGCACGCACUCCGUCGCGAGUGGUACUCGUAAGGUUGGCAGGUCUGGUAUAGGAACUAUCGGCCAUAUGUUCAUACCCCUUGACUUUUUCCACAUUUUGUUGUUACAGCUUGAAUUUAAAAUGGAUUAAAUUCAGAUUUUGUGUCACUGGCCUACACACAAUACCCCAUAAUGUCAAAGUGGAAUUAUGUUUAUAGAAUUUUUUUCAAAUUAAUUAAAAAUGAGAAGCUGAAAUGUCUUGAUUCAGUAAGUACUCAACGCCUUUGUUAUGGCAAGCCUAAAUAAGUUCAGGAGUAAAAAUAUGCUUAACAAGUCACAUAAUAUGUUGCAUGGACUCACUCUGUGUGCAAUAGUAGUGUUUAACAUGAUUUUGGAAUGACUACCUCUUCUCUGUACCCCACACAUACAAUUACCUGUAAGGUCUUUCAGUUGAGCAGUGAAUUUCAAACACAGAUUCAACCACAAAGACCAGGGAGGUUUUCCAAUGCCUCACAAAGGGCACCUAUUGGUAGAUAACCAAAAAAUAAAAUAAAAAACAGACAUUGAAUAUCCCUAUUGAGCAUGGUGCAGUUAUUAAUUACACUUGUGAUGGUUUAUAAAUAACCCAGUCACUACAAAGAUAUAGGCGUCCUUCCUAACUCAGUUGCCGGAGAGGAAGGAAACCGCUCAGGGAUUUCACCAUGAGGCCAAUGGUGACUUUAAAACAGUUCGAUUUUAAUGGCUGUGAUAGGAGAGAACUGAGGAUGGAUCAACAUUGUAGUUACUCAACAAUACUAACCUAAAUUAAAGAGUGAAAAUAAGGAAGGCUGUACUGAAUAAAAAUAUUCCGAAACAUGCGUCCUGUUUGCACUAAAAUAGCAAAACAUUAGGCAAAGAAAUGAACUUUAUGUCCUGAAUACAAAGCGUUAUGUUGGGGGAAUCCAACACAACACAAUACUGAGUACCACUCUUCAUAUUUUCAAGCAUGGUGGUGGCUGCAUAAUAUUAUGGGUAUGCCUAUAUCUGUAAGGACCAAUGUUCCUUCUAAGCUGCGCGUUCCCCUUGGACUGCCGUGCAGAUGAAAUAUCAGCGCGUGCAGAGAAGCACAAGAUUGAACUUCACUACAUUUUCUAGAGUUUUCCCCUUUAGUUAACACUAUCAACGUUUCGCUCUGCUGUGGGAAUUGUGCUCAAUUCAGCGCAAUAUUAGCCGUUUUCAAUGUUACAUACCGAAACAAAAUGAUCUAUGCAAGACUUAUUAGUAUGCAAAACUAACUGCAAUAUAUUUUGUAGGAUUCUAUCGCAUUGACAGACCGGUGCACCAUAACCAAUCAGAACUUCAGUAGGCCUAUAUGCAAAUAGCCAUUGCCAUAUAUGGAUCUGUGCCAUUCACUUUGAACAGGAGAGCAUGAGUGGUCGUGAGUAGAUUGUUUUGAGAUCAAAGCGAGAGCUGCUUGUAGCCACUUGUGCACAUUUGUUAAUAUUCUUUGCUAGUUAGUGAGUUAUUAGCCCAGUUAUAGCGAAUUUCUAGUCAACAAUGGGGGGAGUGGUUGCUUCCUACAAGAGCACAAAAUGUGUGCAUUUCUAGCCAUCUUUGAAAAGCAAGUCCGGUAAAGAGCAUUUUUUAUGUCUUAAAGGGGCAGUGUUGUAUUUUGAGACUGUCUUGAAUAAGCAUGCUAAGUAGCCAAUAGGCAGAGGGUAGCAUCAUUUGUCUGAUUCUCUGUAAUAAUGGUAUGGGAAUAAUAAUACAUUUUAUUUUGUAAGGUGGUUUCUUGCAUCAAACAACUCAUUUUCAGUCAUCUGCUUGUCUGAACGACAAGUGGAUAAACAGGUUAAUGUCAAGCCCUGCAUGUUUUUUUCAAAAGUCUCAUGGAAUGUAGGCCUACAUUGAACACAACACAUUUGCUGCUACUGUAGGCUGAAUGAUAGAACAGCCAUUUCCAUUUUAAAAUGUUAUGGGAUGCAUUUUUCUCAAUUGUUUUUGAUGGUAGGCCUACAUUAUGAUCAAAUAGCCACAGUAGCAUACUUGGCCACUGUUUAAAUUGUAAUUUAAAGUGGGUACAGCCUCAGUGUUCACAGUAAACGCGCGCCGGAAGUUUUUCACAAUGUUCAAGUUUGCGCUCAGCAGACCUAAAAUUUGCAGUGCCGGAGAAAAUUAGAGGGAACAUUGAUAAGGACUAGGGAGUUUUUUUAGAAUAAAAAUAAACGGAAUAGAGCUAAGCACAGUCAAAAUCCUAGAGGAACACCUGGUUGUCUGCUUUCCAACAGACACUGGGAGACUAAUUCACCUUUCAGCAGGACAAAAACAUGAAACACAAGGCCAUUAAUACAGUGGAAUGUUCCUGAGUGACCUAGUUACAGUUUUGAAUUAAAUCGGCUUGAAAAUCUAUGGCAACACUUGAAAUGGCUGCCUAGCAAUGGUCAACAACCAACUGAAAGAGCUUGAAGAAUAAUGUGCAAAUAUUGUACAAUCCAGGUGUGCAAGGCUCUUAGAGACUUACCCAGAAAGACUCACAGCUGUAAUCGCUUCCAAAGGUGAUUCUGAUAUGUAUUGACUCAGGGGUGUGAAUACUUAUGUACAGUGCAUUCAGAAAGUAUUCAGACCCCUCCCCUUUUCCUACAUUUUGUUACGUUACAGCCUUAUUCUAAAAUUGAUUAAAUAAAACAUUUUCCUCAAUCUACACACAAUACCCCACAAUGACAAAGCGAAAACAUGUUUUUAGAAUACCUUAUUUACAUAAGUAUUCAGACCCUUUGCUAUGAGACUCGAAAUUGAGCUUGGGUGUAUCCUGUUUCCAUUGAUCAUCUUUGAUGUUUCUACAACUUGAUUGGAGUCCACCUGUGGUAAAUUCAAUUGAUUUGACAUGAUUUGGAAAGGCACACACCUGUCUAUAUAAGGUCCCACAGUUGACAGUGCAUGUCAGAGCAAAGACCAAGCCAUGAGGUCGAAGGAAUUGUUCGUAGAGCUCAGAGACAGGAUUGUGUCAAAGCACAGAUCUGGGGAAGGGUACCCAAAGAAUUCUGCAGCAUUGAAGGUCCCCAAGAACAGUUUGGAAUCACCAAGACCUUGGUCAGGGAGGUGACCAAGAACCCGAUGGUCACUCUGACAGAGCUCCAGAGUUCCUCUGUGGAGAUGGGCGAACCUUCCAGAAGGACAACCAUCUCUGUAGCACUCUACCAAUCAGGCCUUUAUGGUAGAGUGGCCAAUCUGAUGAAACCAAGAUUGAACUCUUUGGCCUGAAUGCCAAGCGUCAAGUCUGGAGGAAACCUGGCACCAUCCCUAUGGUGAAGCAUGGUGGUGGCAGCAUCAUGCUGUGGGGAUAUUUUUCAGCGGCAGGGACUGGGAGAUUAGUCAGGACCGAGGGGAAAGAUGAACGGAGCAAAGUACAGAGAUCCUUGAUGAAAACCUGCUCCAGAGCGUCGGGACCUCAGACUGGGGCGAAGGUUCAUCUUACAACAGGACAACGACCCUAAGCACACAGCCAAGACAACGCAGGAGUGGCUUUGGGACGAGUCUCAGAAUGUCCUUGAGUGGCCUAGCCAGAGCCCGGACUUGAACCCGAUCGAACAUCUCUGGAGAGACCUGAAAAUAGCUGUGCAGUGACGCUUCCCAUCCAACCUGACAGGGUUUGAGAGGAUCUGCAGAGAAGAAUGGGAGAAACUCUCCAAAUACAGGUGUUCCAAGCUUGUCGCGUCAUACCCAAGAAGACUCGAGGCUGUAAUCGCUGUCAAAGGUGCUUCAGCAAAGUACUGAGUAAAGGGUCUGAAUACUUUUUUAUUUAUUUUUUAUCAAUAGGCAAACAUUUCUACAAACCAGUUUUUUCUUCAUCAUUAUGGGGUAUUGUGUGUAGAUGGAGGAAAAAACCAACUUCAUCCAUUUUAGAAUAAGGCUGUAACGUAACAAAAGUCAAGUGGUAUAAAUACUUUCCAAAGGCCCUGUAAAUGAGAUGUUUAUGUACAGUGGGGGGAAAAAGUAUUUAGUCAGCCACCAAUUGUGCAAGUUCUCCCACUUAAAAAGAUGAGAGAGGCCUGUAAUUUUCAUCAUAGGUACACGUCAAUUAUGACAGACAAAAUGAGGAAAAAAAAUCCAGAAAAUCACAUUGUAGGAUUUUUUAUGAAUUUAUUUGCAAAUUAUGGUGGAAAAUAAGUAUUUGGUCAAUAACAAAAGUUUCUCAAUACUUUGUUAUAUACCCUUUGUUGGCAAUGACACAGGUCAAACGUUUUCUGUAAGUCUCCACAAGGUUUUCACACACUGUUGCUGGUAUUUUGGCCCAUUCCUCCAUGCAGAUCUCCUCUAGAGCAGUGAUGUUUUGGGGCUGUCGCUGGGCAACACGGACUUUCAACUCCCUAUAAAGAUGUUCUAUGGGGUUGAGAUCUGGGGACUGGCUAGGCCACUCCAGGACCUUGAAAUGCUUCUUACGAAGCCACUCCUUCGUUGCCCGGGCGGUGUGUUUGGGAUCAUUGUCAUGCUGAAAGACCCAGCCACGUUUCAUCUUCAAUGCCCUUGCUGAUGGAAGGAGGUUUUCACUCAAAAUCUCACGAUACAUGGCCCCGUUCAUUCUUUCCUUUACACGGAUCAGUCGUCCUGGUCCCUUUGCAGAAAAACAGCCCCAAAGCAUGAUGUUUCCAGCCCCAUGCUUCACAGUAGGUAUGGUGUUCUUUGGAUGCAACUCAGCAUUCUUUGUCCUCCAAAUACAACGAGUUGAGUUUUUACCAAAAAGUUCUACUUUGGUUUCAUCUGACCAUAUGACAUUCUCCCAAUCCUCUUCUGGAUCAUCCAAAUGCACUCUAGCAAACUUCAGACGGGCCUGGACAUGUACUGGCUUAAGCAGGGGGACACAUCUGGCACUGCAGGAUUUGAGUCCCUGGCGGCGUAGUGUGUUACUGAUGGUAGGCUUUGUUACUUUGGUCCCAGCUCUCUGCAGGUCAUUCACUAGGUCCCCCCGUGUGGUUAUGGGAUUUUUGCUCACCGUUCUUGUGAUCAUUUUGACCCCACGGGGUGAGAUCUUGCGUGGAGCCCCAGAUCGAGGGAGAUUAUCAGUGGUCUUGUAUGUCUUCCAUUUCCUAAUAAUUGCUCCCACAGUUGAUUUCUUCAAACCAAGCUGCUUACCUAUUGCAGAUUCAGUCUUCCCAGCCUGGUGCAGGUCUACAAUUUUGUUUCUGGUGUCCUUUGACAGCUCUUUGGUCUUGGCCAUAGUGUGACUGUUUGAGGUUGUGGACAGGUGUCUUUUAUACUGAUAACAAGUUCAAACGGGUGCCAUUAAUACAGGUAACGAGUGGAGGACAGAGGAGCCUCUUAAAGAAGAAGUUACAGGUCUGUGAGAGCCAGAAAUCUUGCUUGUUUGUAGGUGACCAAAUACUUAUUUUCCACCAUAAUUUGCAAAUAAAUUCAUUAAAAAUCCUACAAUGUGAUUUUCUGGAAUUUUUUUCUCAUUUUGUCUGUCAUAGUUGACGUGUACCUAUGAUGAAAAUUACAGGCCUCUCUCAUCUUUUUAAGUGGGAGAACUUGCACAAUUGGUGGCUGACUAAAUACUUUUUUUCCCCACUGUAUUUCAUUUUCAAUAAAUUUGCUAACAUUUCUAAAAACAUGUUUUCACUUUGUCAUUAUGGGGUAUUGUGUGUAGAUGGGUGACAAAAUCGAUUUCAGCUAUUUUGAAUUCAGUCUGUAACAACAGAAUUCGGAAUAAGUAAAGUAUGAAUACUUUCUGAAGGCCAACACAUGGUGGCCCAGGUGUACUAUGUGCCACUGGUGGGCGGUAGUGAUGUUUUGAUUGACGUGUGUGUUUCCUGUCUGUUGUUGAAGGAGUCAAGGCAUGACAAAGAAAAAUCUGAGAAGAAGGAGAAGAGGGACAGCAGCGGCGGAAAGGAUGAGAAAAAACAAUAUCCUUAA